AUGUCUCAACAAACCAUCAUUCUCAUCACAGGCGCGAAUUCAGGCGUCGGCUACGCAACAGCCCAAAUCCUAGCCGAGCACCCAAACCACCAUGUAAUCCUGGCCUGCCGAGACCCCCAGAAAGGCCAAAAAGCCCUCUCCGAACUCCAAAGCAAAAGCCUCAAGGGAACUCUAUCCCUACUCCAGUUAGACGUGGAAGACGACACCUCCAUAACCCAAGCGGUGCACACCGUAGACGAACAACACAACCGACUCGACGUCCUAAUCAGCAACGCCGGCUCCGCCGCACCCAACAGCAGCGGCCGCGCUAGACUGAACCAAAUCUUCUCGACGAACGUGAUUGGUGCGACACUGGUCUCAGAGGCUUUUAUUCCCCUCCUCCUCAAAUCGGAAAAGCCCUAUCUGAUCCAAGUCUCCAGCGGUCUGGGCUCAAUGAAAAUGGCAACUGAUCCCAGCAGUGUGAUGUAUGCUGCGCCUUGGGAUGAGUAUCGCGCAAGCAAGGCGGCUCUGAAUAUGAUUACUGUUCAGAUGCACAAGCGGUUGCAGAGUCAUGUGCGGGUUUUCGCGUUCUGUCCUGGUCUUGUGAGGUCGAAUUUGAGGGGUGAGGAUGAGGCUGCUGUUAGUGCGUACGGGAGGGCUGGGGAUCCGUUGGAGUCUGGUAGAGGAAUUUUGGGGAUUGUGCUUGGUGAGAGGGAUGGGGAGGCUGGUGGGUUUGUUAAUAAGGAUGGGUCAUUUCCUUGGUAG